GCGAUUGUUUUGGUGCAUGGUUUCGGUGUCUCUUAUUCUAAAUCUAAAUAAAUAAAUUAAAAAAAAAACAACUAUUAUUAAUUUUUAAAUGGAUUUGUCAUAAUUAUUCCGAUGGAUACGGAUAUUUUACUUGACAACAAAGACUGUUUGUACGAUGAUUUUGUAGAAGAAUUAAAUGAUUACCAUUGGUCGUCACUGUUAGAUGCAGCUGAUGCAUCACCUAGUGAAAUACUAGCUGAUGCAGCACCUGUUUUAGUAUCAUUGACAUCACCAGCCCCUAGCAUCAAGUCCUCUCCUGCUGAGAGCAGUACUUCAGAUUCUGGAAGUGAAGAUGAUUCCAAAAAUGGUUCCAUUUCACCAUCUGCACGUCAGUCAUCACAAUCACCAUACGAUUGGAUGUCCAGUUUUGAUGAAGAGCCUCCAAAUCAUUUAAAAUUAGAAGAUGUUGAAUUAUUUCUUCAGAAAACAGAUACCCCAUAUGAUAGAUUGCCUAAAGGUACUAUACUUAAGUCUUCUCCUGUAGAGAGAGAUGGACCUUUUAUGGCAAUUGAAAAUGGAGUCAUCAAGGGCGUUAAACAGGAAAAUGAUAAUUUUGAUGUACCAUUAAAUAUCCCAGAUAUAAAAUCAACUAGUUCUGUACCUUUGGUAAAUGGAAAUAAUUAUCUUCAAAAUGCUUACUUCAAUGUAGUCAAUGAAAACUCUUCAAAUAAUAUAGUAAAGGGUAACCAACAAGUAAUGUUACUAAAUGAACAAAUAAAAUUGGUUGUGGACCCAAAAGAAGUAUUUGGUAUGGUUAAGAAACCAAAUAUACUAAUGAAAAAAUCAUCUGUUGUGAUACCGACUGAGAUUACAAAUGGAGGGAAAAUUGCCAUAUCACCACUAUCUCAGAACAAAUUAAACAGUCCCAGUUACCAAAUUCAGGUGUCACCGCCUAGAAGUAAUGUUGUGAUAAGUCCAAAACCAGUAGUAAUUAAACAAGAAAUAUCUCCUACAGCAACAGUACAAAAUGGGUUACCAUCACUAUCUGAUACUAAUAAACUUAAUAUAGACAUGUCAAAGCUAACUGAAGCUGAAAUAAGAGCUGUGAAGAAACAACAAAGAAUGAUUAAAAAUCGGGAGGCAGCGAGCCAGUCACGUCAGAAGAAAAAAGAAUAUGUGACAGCACUGGAACAUCAAUUGACACUCGCACAGCAAGAGAUUUUACGGCUCCGAAUGGAAAACGAACAACUGAGGGACCAACUAGAAAUGAAUAACAAGACUCGAAAAAUACCGAGAAUCGACGCGCCCAUAUUAUUGCCAAAGAAAAAUAUAGCUCUUAUAUUUGCUAUGGUUUUCAUGAUUUCAUUAAAUUGGAACUUUCUUGGGUGGAAUUCAAAACCAAUUAUUGGUCCGACUAGUCCAGAGAGAAGUACGCGGCAUUUGCUAUGGUCGGUGGAUAAUUCAAAUGAUGUUUCUUCAGACAACGACAAUAUUUUAAACGGUACUUAUGGGACAGAUUGUCAAAACGUAACGAAUUUAAAUGAUGUUAGUAUUAAUCAAACUGAAAGCAUUAGGAUAGCUAGAGAACUAAACCGUUGGAUAAAAGGAGGCAAAACACUGAAUUGGACAUUUAAUGCGCCGAGGAAAAAAAGGGAAGCAUAUAUGAAUGAAAAAAGCAAUGAUGGAUUCCUGGAAACAUAUAAGAUGUUUCAUAAAUUAAACAUAGACGGCACGUUUGUUGAUUUCACAAAUAGGAAUCAAGCUAGGAAUGUAAGAGAGAAAUCACGUCUACGUCGAUUGAGAAGAAUUAGGGAUAUUGAUUUCCCUGACGAUUCUGUCAUGGAUUACAGUAGAUUGUAUCACAAAGCGAUAAGGAAGUCUGUUGAUGCCUUCAAUAUGGACGACCUGAGUGAGUGGAAUGCAUUUUUAGAAGCUUUACAAAGAAGGGACGACACAUUUUAUGUUGUAGGGGUUGGGAAAGGAGAACAUUUAUUAUUGCCAGCCGUGUCACACAAUACUACAAGGCCGCCUAAAAUGGCGUUAAUAUUACCUGCAAGGAGUGGGAAUGAUUCUCUGACUAAAGACCAUGUGACGCUAAUGCAAAUUGAAUGUUCUGUCGUAAACACCUCUUUAAUGAAGCUGAAGUCGGACGCAUUACCCGAAAGCAUUAGAAAGAAAUCUAACAAAGAAGUUAAAUCACCUAUGAACGUAUCAUUGUCAGAGAAUAAGAGUAAUAAUAUUAUUAGGAGAACCACCAAAGAUUCCGUCGACGCCAGCCUCUCUAGCAUAUCGUAUAAUUCGAGCAAUAAUAUUUCAAACUAUUCAAUUAAUUUGGACAAACGAAAAAACGAUGACAAUAUAGAUUCACGUAAAGAUGAUUUAUUUGUUCACUACUUAUUUUCAAAGUAUGAGGAAUCGAAAAAUUCCAUGAAGUAUACUAAGGGGAAAUUAAGAAAUACAGCAAAUUAACAUUCAAAUCAAAGUUAGGUUAUCAAGUAGAUAUAAAUUAAAAUCAAUCGAUUGAUCCUGUUUUUCUGGGCUAUCUAAUAAUAUAUAAUGUUUAUUUACCUAGUCCAGCCAUAAAUUCUCUUACAAAUGAAAAUUAAGUUUUUUUAUGAAGUAAUGUAAUAUUACUAAAAUACAUAUGUAUAGUAUUACAUACAUAUUACCUACAUAUUUAUUAAAGUCUUAACAAAAAAAUAAAAAUAUUCUAUUCUAAAUGGCCACCUUUGGCUUUUGUACAGACCUUUAAUCUGUCUGGCAAGGGAUCUAUGGAUUUACGCACUGUUUUCAAGAGAAAUUUCGGCACUGCUUGCUUUGAAGAUUUUUUUAAGAGACUACUCUAAAACUAACCAUAAUUUGAAGUUUAAUGGGUUGAGGUCUGGGCUAGAGGGCCAGUCUUCAGCUCUUACAAAGUCCGGAACGUUGGUUUUAAAGCGCAAGUUUCAGGUGCAGAGUCUUACUGGAAAGUUUACAGUAUAUUUUUAAAAAGUGUAUUGCUGUGAGGUUUCACAACACAAUCCAAAACUGUAUCUUGAUACACUUUGGCUGAAGUUUUCACUCCUUUUUCACAAAAAUGUAGUUUUGUGACUCCUUGAUAAGACACGCUCCACCAAAACAUCACUGACGCAGGAUGGUGACCAUGUUGUACCUUUCCGACCACUUGAGCAGCUUCUUUAGAACUGUGAGCGUACACUUUAUCAUUUUGCUUAUUGUAGUGUUCUUCAAUCGUGAAAAUGUUUUCAUCGGUAAAGAAGAUAUUUCUGUUCCUUUCACCUGCGUAUCGGGACAGGAGUUUUGAUUGAUCCACAAUGUAUGUAUGCAAAAACUACAAGUUACUCAGCGGGUUAUGAAUAGGGAUAUGCUCGCAGUGUCUUUGCGUGAUAGAAUUCGAAACGAGAAUAUCCGCAAAAGGACCAUAAUUACCGACAUAGCCGAAGGAUAAAUAAGCUGAAAUGGUAAUGGGCUGGUCAUAUAGCUCGAAGAACCGACAACCGAUAGGGAAGAUGAGUGGUUACCACGUACGUGUAAACGCAGUCUUGAUAAGUGACAACGACGCCCACUAGAUGGAGUGACGACCUGAAAUGCGUUGCAGAGAGUCGUAGUGGCAGUCUAUGGGGGAGGCUUAUGUCCAGCAAUGGGCGUAUAAUGGCUGAAAUGAUGAUGUUGAUGAUUUAUGGCCAGACUAGUUAUAACAAAAAAAAAAGCAAUUUGCAGUUAUAUUUACUAAAAUGUAAUUUAGCAUAUUAACAGAUCUCAAUAGAAUAUUUCAAUAGGUAUAGGCUCUAAUUUGACAUUUAAGCAUAUUUUUUAACAUAAGUUAACAAAACAUAAGCAUUCCUUAUAUACAUUUUGUAUGUAUAUCUAUAAAACCGUAUUUAAAGAUUGUGAUGGAUUAUUAAUGCUUCCGUUAUGGAAUAUCUAAAAGGCCAUUCUACUACACUGAUGUAUUUAUUUUAUUUUCUGUUAUUAAUGAUUUAACACUAUCUACUUUUAAUUAGUAGAAAAAGAAUCUAUGGAUGGACAAGUUUUUGUUACCGUAUGCAUGUAAAAAUAAAUAGGAUGUUGGACAUAGCUGUCUUGUUUUGUCUCUUGCUUUCGAUAUUGACAACAUAUCUGUCGAUAAAUUUGUUUUUCGUUUGUUUCCCUGAACAAGUGAUAAACAAAUUUACUAAUCAUUAGAGGCAGAAAUAAAUUUUAUUGUAAAGAAAUGACUAGAUGGAAAUUACCCAAGAAAAGCAAAGGUUUCUUUCUGCUAUGAGUUUUCCAGUGUGUGAUAUUUAUAUAAUAAUGUUGUAAAUGCUUAAAUAUUUUUAUAUUAUUUGUUAUU